AUGGAUGAUAGUAAGAAAGGUUGUUGUCUCAAAAGCUGGAAUUCAAUAUGUUCUCCUAAAAAUGUUGGAGGACUUGGCAUUAAAAAAACAGCAGAUAUGAAUAAAGCUUUGGUGGCUAAAAUGACUUGGGAUGUGGUCAAUAACAGUGAUAAAAGGUGGGUGGUGGUCUUCAAGAAGAAAUAUGUUCGGAACAGAAAUUUCAUGAAAAUGCCUAAUCCAAAGAGUGCUUCUUGGGCUGCUCAAAGUAUCUUUGAGUGCAGGAAGGUUAUUAGUAAGGGCUUGUGCCAUAGAAUUGGUGAUGGCCUUAACACUUGGAUCUUUGAAGAUCCUUGGGUCCCUAAUGAGCCAGGGUUCAUCCCCCAAAUAAGAAGUGGUGUAUCUACUGCUGUUCACUUGGUAGCAGAUUUGAUUAAUCAGGAUACCAGACAAUGGGAUAGAGGUGAGUUUUCAGUGAAAUUCGCUUAUAAUGCGAUAAGAGGGCUGAAUCAUCAAAACCACCCCCAUAUGCUUAGUAAAGAUUGGAAGGACUUAUGGAAGCUGAAAGUAAAUGCUAGGUUGAAAAACCUUUUGUGGAAAAUAAAUAAAGCUAGAGUGGAAGGUUCCAAAAGUAAUCCAGCUGAUCUUUCCAGGCAGAUUUUUAAAGUCUUCAUGGAGCAUAAGGAUGCUUGGAAAGAGCAAAAUGAGAGACCAUCCAAAGAUGUGGUCUGGUCUCCCCCUCCAAAGAGUUGGAUCAAGAUAAAUUUUGAUGUGGCAAUCCGUGAAGAGAAAACCACAGUUGCAGUUGUGGGAAGAGAUGAUAAUGGCAACCUUUUGUUGACAUGGGCAGAGCACUUUGAGAGUGGAAAUUCCCUACUAGGAGAAGCGAGAGCAGCUUGGUUUGCCAUGAAGUGUGCUAUGAAUGAAGGAUUUCAGAAUAUAAUCUUGGAGGGUGAUGCUUGGAAUGUCAUUGAGCCACUGAAAAAAUCUGAUAUAACCCCGCAUUGGAGUAUCAAGUCUAUCCUAGAAGAUAUUGUGUUCUUUGUUAAUAGUUUUUCCAAUGUUGAAUUUUCUUUUGUACAUAGAAAAGGUAAUGUAUCUGCUCAUUUGCUUGCUCAAUGGGCAGCUCUUGUAAACUGGUCUGGGCCGGUUCCCAUCUCCUUUCUGCCUUCUCAUGUAUCUCAGGCUGUUGUUAGAGAUGGGUCCAGGCCCGAUCUUUUUUGUUUCUCCCCGGUUUCGGGUUGA